AUGAGCUGUGGCUCCAAGCAGACCUCUAGAAGCUGCCACCGAGGGAGCAGCGGUGGCGGCGCAAGCGGCGGCGGUGGCGGAGGGGGCAGCACGUAUUCCUCUGCCUCCUCACGAAGAUACACCGCUAGGACAAGCAGUGGCGGCAGGUUUUCUGGUGGCAGUUGUGGUGGAGGAAGCUCCAGAAGCUGCUACGGGGGGGCAGCGAGCGGUGGGAGCUAUGGAAGGAUCAGGCACUGCAGUUACGGAGGGGGAAUGAGCGGCGGUAGCUGCAGAGGAGGAGGUGGGGGCGGAUAUUUUGGAGGGGGAAUGAGUGGUGGCAGCUACGGAGGGAUGAGUGGUGGUGGUUACGGAGGAGGAAUGCGCCGUGGCAGCAUGGGAGGAGGCUUCGGAUCAGCCAGGAGCGGGUUUGGUGGUGGUUACGGAGGAAGCUUUGGUGGAGGUGCUGCUGGUUUCAGCAGUGGCAGCUUUGGCGGUGGUGGCAGCUUUGGCGGAGGUGGCUUUGGUGGAGGGAGCAUGGGAAUACUGUCCAACGACGAAAAGCUGACCAUGCAGAACCUUAACGACCGCCUGGCUUCCUACCUGGACACGGUCAGAAAUUUGGAAAAGGAAAAUGCUCAGCUUGAGCAGUUAAUCAGGGAGUGGUACCAGAAGCAAGGCCCUACUGGCAGAAAGGAUUACAGUCACUACUAUGGCGAAAUUGAAGACCUUCAAAAUCAGCUUGUGACUGCGGCUGUGGAAACCAACAAGAUACUUUUGGACCUGGAUAACACAAGGAUGACUGCAGAAGACUUCAGGAUAAAGUAUGAGACCGAGUAUGGUCUCCGGCAGAACGUGGAGGCUGACAUCAACACCCUGCGACCCUUGUUGGAUAAUCUGACUCUGAGCAGGUCUGACCUGGAGAUGCAAUUUGAGUCCCUGAAGGAGGAGAUGAUUGGCCUCAAGAAGAACCAUGAGGAGGAAAUCAAAUCACUGCAAACCCAAUCUGGUGGUGAUGUGAAUGUGGAGGUCAAUGCUGCUCCAGGAGAGGAUCUGCUGAAGAAACUGAACGAUAUGAGACAAGAAUAUGAGCAUAUUAUUCAGAAAAACCGUGAAGAGGUUGAAAGGUGGUAUGAGAGCAAGAUGGAGGAAGUGAGUCAACAAGUCCACUCAAGUGGUCAGGAACUGGAAUCAAGCACUCAGCAGAUCUCUGCGCUGAGACGUGACUAUCAGAGCCUGGAAAUUGAGCUGCAGUCUCAGCUCAGCAUGGUACGGUCUUUGCAAUCCAACCUGGAAGACACGGAACGUCGCUACAACAUGCAGCUGCAGCAGAUCCAGAGCAUGAUCAGCCCCUUGGAGGAGGAGCUGGCCAGCAUCCGCUGCGAGAUGGAGAGCCAGAACCAGGAGUACAAGAUGCUGCUCGGCAUCAAGACCCGGCUGGAACAGGAGAUCGCUCAGUACCGGGCACUGCUGCAGGAGGGACAGCAUGGCAUUGGCUCCUCGCAGGGAGGAGGUGGUGGCGGCGGAUCCUCAGGAGGAGGUGGCCAUGGAGGAAUUAACUGGUCUUCUGGGAGAGGAAGCAGUGGAGGAGGAAGCAGUUGGUCCUCAGGUAGAGGAAGCAGUGGAGGAAGAACUGGAGGAUCCUGCGGAAAAGCUUCUGGAGGCGGCGGAGGAGGGAGUGGAGGAGGAGCUGGAGGGGGAGGCUGUGGAAGAACUUCAGGUGGAGGAGGUGGCGGUGGAGGAGGAGGGGGAAAAUCCUGCCUCUCCCACUCGUCAUCUUCCCACUCCCACUCUGGCAGAUCUUGUGAAAGCCAAGGAGGUGCUGAAAACCUGAAGCUCUGCCUGGAAGGGAAUAAAACACUGGAGAGAGGAGCAACAAUGGAGGAAGUGUCCGAGGCCAUAAAAACUAUAAGAUCAGGUAAGGAUUCAGGUCCUGACAGCAUCUCAAACAAAUGCCUGAAAACACUGAAAAUGAGCUGAAGGUCAUAAUUUUUAGAAAGCUUUGAUCAAACAGUCUACCUGACUUGCAGCAGUCCUGUGUGUGUUAAUGUUUGGUAGGCAAGGUUGAAAUAUAUGACAUGCCAUCCUACUUUAAU